AUGUCUCAAAAUGUCGAUCCAGCUCCAGUGAAAGCUAAACGACCGGCUCGAGCUUAUCACCAAGAAUUCGGUUCAACCAGCUCAGCAGGGCCUGGAAUGAUGUCUUCGAACGCACCACCGGCUCCUUCAGGUUAUGGAGGUGUGGGUGUAGGAGCUACCUCUCCCAUGCCUCCACGUCCUCAGUUAGGAUCCCCUUCACUACCUCAAACUGGAUUUCCGAACCCACCAACUUAUCAGCAAAAUGCACCACUUCGACAUCCUGAUCGACCAGCGCACCUACAAAACUAUGAACAUCGACCUAUGUCUGCCUUACCACCUGGGCCUCCUCUCCAGCCUGAGUCUGCAAUUGCCCAACCUCCUCAUACUGCUGGUCAACGUCUCUCAGGACCUCGUAAUCGAAUCGAUCCUAAUCAAAUCCCAUCACCAGUAACAGUUCAAGAACAAGAUGGUCUAGCAUAUGAAAGUGAACCAUUUGUAACUUCGAGUGCGAUUGCAAGAUUAGCAGGUUUAUCAGGUUUAGUACCAGCUCAAGUACCAUUAAGUUUAACUGAUUAUGUUGCAGUAGAUGAUGGAAAUUGUUCACCAAGGUUUAUAAGAGCUACAACGUAUAGUAUACCACAUUCAGAUGAAUUAGCUAAUGCUGCACAAUUGCCAAUCGGUUUAAUGAUCCAACCAUUUGCAGAAUUAAAGUAUGAAGAAGGUGGUCAAGUACCUUUAGUAGAUUUUAGUCAAGGACCUGAAGGACCUCCUAGGUGUCAAGAUUGUAGAGGGUAUAUCAAUCCUUGGGUUCAAUUUAUUGAAGGUGGUCAAAAGUUUAUUUGUAACUUGUGUGGGAAAACAACCGAAGUUAGUUCAAGUUAUUUUUGUAAUUUAGAUAUGUCAGGACGAAGGAUGGAUUGUCAUCAAAGAGCCGAGUUAUGUAGAGGUUCAGUAGAUUUUAUAGUGAAUAAAGAUUAUUGGGUUCAAUCUGAUUCAUCAGAUAUAAACUUAAAACCAAGAAAACCAGAACCGAUGAUUCAUCUGUUUGCAAUUGAUGUAAGUUGGUCUUCAGGUAAAAGUGGAAUGUUGAAUCAAGUUACCAAAGGGAUCAAAGAUAUUUUGUAUCCUUCUGAUGAUAUCAAUGAAGGAGAUGAAGAAAGGUUUAGGAAUACUUUGGUUCCUGGUUCUAGGGUUGGAAUCAUCACUUUUGAUCGAACAGUUCAUUUCUAUAAUCUUAAAGCUGGAUUAGAACAAGCACAAAUGAUGGUAGUUUCAGAUUUAGAUGAUAUGUUUGUACCUUUAGGAUCAGAAGCUAUGUUGGUAGAUCCGAUCGAAUCUCGUUCGAUCAUUGAAGCUUUACUUGAUUUGAUUCCGGUCAUGUUUGGUGAAAAUCAAAUUAUUGAAUCUGCUUUAGGAGGACCUGUACAAGCUGCACUUAUGAGUCUGAAACGGUUAGGUGGACAAGUGAAUAUCUUUUUAACUUCUUUACCUACUAUUGGACCUGGUUCACUCAAACAACGUGAAGAUACUAAACUAUAUAAUACGGAUAAAGAAAAAACUCUAUUCUUACCGGCUGAUCCUUGGUAUCGACAAGUAGCUGAAGAAUGUUCAUUAGCUGGGAUUGGAAUCAAUACGUUUUUAUUCCCUUCUCAGUAUAUUGAUGUGGCUUCAAUUAGUGUGUUAUCCGGUAUUACUGGUGGUGAAGUGUUCUUUCAUCCUAGGUUUACACCUACUAGAGAUGGCUGUAAGGUUCUUGCUGAGCUUCGUCGUGUGUUAACACGAGAGACAGCUGUAAGUGUAACGAUGCGAAUCCGAUGUUCAAAUGGGAUCCGAAUUGCCGAACAUUUUGGUUCAUUCUUACAAAGGAAUGUCACCGAUUUAGAUUUUGGUAAUAUGGAUGCAGAUAAAGCGAUUGCAGCUAUUAUCAAACAUGAAGGAAAAUUAGAUGAAAAAUAUGAAGCCCAUUUUCAAUGUGCAUUACUUUAUACUUCUGCCAAUGGUGAACGUAGAGUUAGGUGUCAUAAUUUAGCACUUUCGGUGACUAGCGCUAUGGGGAAUGUGUUUAGAAGUGCUGAUAUGGAUGCUACUAUCGCUGUGGUUACUAAACAAUAUGUGGCCCAAGUCACUCAAAUCCCAUUAAGAGAUGUUAGAGCCACCUUAACAGACACAUGUGUGAAGAUCUUAUUAGCAUAUCGAAAGAAUUGUGCAUCAUCCACUUCACCAGGACAAUUAAUCUUACCAGAAUCAUAUAAAUUAUUUCCACUUUAUGCAUUAGGAUUAAUGAAGACUAAAGCGAUGAAAGGAGGUAAUGUUUCAUCAGAUGUAAGAACACAUUAUAUGAGAUAUUUGAAAUCGUUAGGUGUAGCUUCAACAGUCUUAAUGCUUUAUCCUAGAAUGGUACCCAUUCAUGCUUCAGAAGAUGAUGUGGGUGAGUUGAAAGGGAAUGGCAGGAUUAAGAUUGCUACACAGAUGAGAGCUAGUUAUCUUAGGAUGGAACCUCAUGGUGCUUAUUUACUUGAAAAUGGAGAUGUGAUGUUAUUAUGGUUAGGAUCAAGUGUAUCACCUAAGAUUAUAGAAGAUUUAUAUGGAGUGAAUUCAUUAGAAGAAUUAGAUCCACAACUUUCAUCUUUACCGAUCAGAGAGAAUCGAUUAUCAAACCAAGUUAGAAGGAUGAUCAAGUAUUUCGAAACUCAACGUGGUGGACGUCGGAAUUUACCAAUCUUGAUUGCUAGACAAAACGUAGAUGGAUCUGAAUUAGAGUUUGCUAAUAUGUUGGUUGAAGAUCAAAAUAAUGAUGCGAUGUCUUAUGUGGAUUAUUUAUGUUUUGUACAUAAACAAAUUCAAAUGGAUUUAUCAGGUGAAAGAAAAGAUGAGAGUAGUGGAAUUGAUCCUAGUGCGUUAUGGAGAGGAGCAUGGUGAUCAAAGAAUGAAAAAAAAACGGAAAAUAAAAGGUUCAUGGCUUUUUUCUGGAAAAAUAAGGGCAAGGGAAUUGAUCAGAAGAAGGAGGGAUUAGAUGGGGUUUUUUCUUUCUUUCUUUGCUUUGUGUUUUCGGUUUUUUUUUGGCUUUUGGCUUUUAGCUUUUCAAGUUUUGUUACUUUUUUUGAUUACUUUUUAUAGAGCAUUUUUUUUUGUUUUGGAGGUUGAGGAACUUGUGGUAAUGUGAAACCUAUAAAAGAAACUCAAGAAAGAACAAAAGAAAGAAAAGAAAGAUGAAAAGAUGUUUUUUUUUUGGUUUUAUGUCAUGUUUGUGGUUAUUUGAUAUUUCUGAUUUUUUAUUGUCUUAUGGUUGUUCAUUUUUUUGAUGGAAGUCUUUGGGAUAAUAUUUUUUUG